AGGUACUUAUCUAUAGAUAAUCCGAUCCGACGUAUGCAAAAGGUUAUGAGUCCUGACUCAUACGGCGAAGUUUGCUGUACAUAUACAUACCUGUAUAACCGGUAAGUAUAGGUAAUAGGCUCCUUCUCUGGUAAAGAUACAAACAACUUUACACCCUUCAAAAUGACUUCUGCAUACUCCUCUGAGCAAAUCAACCUGUACGAAGAGUACAUUUCUCUCCCCUCCAAAUAUCGACGGAGAAACAAUCCUGCACUUACCCUCGACUAUCUAACAUCUCUACACAUCCGUCACAUCUCCACUAUUCCUUAUGAAAAUCUACUGCUACACUACUCACCCGAUCACUCGGUAUCACUAGACCCCCAAGCACUCUUCAUAAAAAUCAUAACCAAUGCUCGAGGAAGAGGUGGAUAUUGUUUAGAAGGUAGCACAUUUUUCAAUCACGUGUUAAGAGCACUGGGAUUCCAAGUAUAUACCGCCGGCGUCAGAAUAAGACGUAGAUCCGCAUACGACGGUGUUCCACGGGGAAACUAUAUCGGCUGGUUCCAUAUCGUAAAUAUAGUCACACUUCCCAACACCGACAAAUACAUGAUCGACGUAGCAUUUGGCGGUGACGGAGCCACCAAACCCCUCCCUCUCAUUUCCGGCCACUCGAUUCACAAUCUCGGAACCCAGGAAAUCCGUCUCGUGUACGAACCCAUCCCGCAACAAAUCGAUCAAUCGAAACCGCUCUGGAUAUUUCAAUAUCGCAACGGACCUGACAAGGAAUGGAAUUCUUGGUACACGUUCAAUGAACAUGAAUUCCUGCCGGAGGAUUUCGAAAUCAUGAAUUAUUUUGUGAGCACGAAUAUGAGCGACAGAAAUUUUCAGACGAAGAAUGUUUUGAUUGUGGCUUUUGUGGUGGGGGAGGAUGAGGAGGGGAAGGAAACGAUUGUGGGGAAGAGAAUGUUGUUUAAUGAGAUGGUGAAGGAGAAUAUGGGUGGGAAGACGCGGCUGGUUAAGGUCUGUGAGAGCGAAAGUGAGAGGGUGGAGAUGAUUAGGGAGUUUUUUGGAAUCACUUUGACGGAUGAGGAGAAGGACGCUAUUAGAGGGAGGAUUGUGGAAUUGAGAGACUCUCAUGCGUCAGUGGAUAUUUUAGGAGUAUGAAAAUCGCACUGUAUAGGUAUGAACUGAUAUGGCGAGCAGUGAGGGAGAAUACGAUAACUCUCUAGAAUUCUCUUUAGAAUCCUCUGCCAGAAAUGAAGACAUAAUUGUUCAGUGGUAAAACACUGACUGCGAUCUCAUCUUGCA